AGGAGCUACGUAUAAAUACAAGGCCCAAGAACAAGAACGAUGUUGUAUAACGUUUUGGUAAAAACGUAGCAUGAAGAACCUUCAUUAGAACGGAUCCCGUUCUUCUAAUAUAUGCUCCACAUGUGACAUCACGCAGCGGAUCCCGCUGGUUGUCUCAGUUUCGACAAGCAUGAUUUAUUUCAGUAAAAAUCUCGUUCCUCACAUAUUUCAACUUCUAUCUCUGCUCCUAUGCACGGUGUAGUUCAUCUUUCACGACAGAAAUUUCAUUUAACUCCAAAGCGCCUUAUGCUAAAAACAAUUCAAAAUGAUUUCAAAAGGAAUUCAAAAAGACGCACUUUUCAUUUUUCCGUGAAAUUGAGCGGGGCUUGGGUUUAUUUUUUCGGAUGUGCGGCUUCUUUUUUUGGGGUUUAAGUGUCGUCCUGUGUCUAGCGGCCUAGUGCAAUCGACAUUGGGCAGGGCGGAUUGGUAAAUGCGCACUCAGUUGCGGGAGUGGGUGUCUGUUUCGGGUAUGUGGUUGGAUAUGAUGUUCCCCGGAUUCGUGUGUUGUUUUGUGCACCUGCCGUGCCUUGCAGCGAAUCGCCCCCACGCAUGCCCAGGACCCAGGCUCGCAGCUCGGGCUCCUCUAGUACCUCUGCGCUAGGGACAAAGACUGUGGAAUCCCUUCUGUUUCGUGUUAUUGUUGUCGGUACCUUGGGGCCAUGUUUUAAGCCAGCUGUUGGGGCGCUUUUUGUGUAAAGGCUUUCAUUCGUGAUCGCUUCCUGCCCCUCUUCCUUUCAGGGUGUUGGGGUAUAGCUUGCGGGGCAUUGUUAGGGUCGACCUUCACACCGAAAGGCUUCUCGACAGCGCUUCGGAUGGGGGAUUUCGUACUUGAAGGGGCAUGCAGUAAAGCACGCCAACUCAAGAGGGUCCAGGUCUUGAGGAAUCUCCCUUCGCCAGAUUCAAAAAAAAGUUGGAAAUAAGUUGGAAGCCAACUUUUUUCUGUUUCCCAUACUAAGAAUCCCUGACCCAACUAAUUUUGAACUUGUCUCCAACUUAUUCCCAACUUUUUUUUGAAAUUGCCCAGAUCCGCCAAUUUCUUUUUGAAUUGUCUCGGGGCCGCCAAUUUCUUUUUGAAUUCCAUCAACCCCGCCAAUUUCUUUUUGAAUUCCGUUCAGGUCGCCAAUUUCUUUUUGAAAUUGCCUAGGCCCGCCAAUUUCCUUUUGAAAUUGGGCACUCUGCGUGAUCGCUCUGGUAUUGGUGUAGUUCCUCUACUCCUGCGUGAUCGCUCCUAUGCACGGUGUAGUUCAUCUUUCACGACAGAAAUUUCAUCUUUGGUAUUCGUCAUGUACUUGGAACUUCGGGAGCCAGCCUCCAGUAAAGAGCGUUUUUUUUUCGAUUUCAAAAGAAGUUCAAAAAUCGUUCAAAAUCCUUUUAAAAUGCGUCCACCGAUGAGGCUAUUGGUUUGAACGCAUUUUGAACGGAUUUUGAACCGAGUUUUGAAUUUCGUUUUGAAAUUGAAAAAAGAUUUGAAUGACGUUUUGAAAUUGCCGGGAAAUUUGAAAUACGUUUUGAAAUUGCCGAGAAAGUUGAAAGACGUUUUGAAAUUGUGCUAGAUUUUGAAUCAUGUUUUGAAAUGCGCCUGUGUACUGAGUUUUCUUGCGAAUAUGGCCGCCAAGCUUGGCAGCCUUGGCGACAUAAGACUCGCGCCAUGACCCCACUCCCUAUCUGGUAGCGGCAUAGACAGCGUUUGCGUGUUUGGGUCUCCAGAUAGGCAGGGCCGUGUGGGGCCCACGCCUGUCGGCCAUGCUUGCGCUUCCAGCCGGCAAGAAGGCCGCCCGCGACGCGAGGCGAAUCCGCGCUCUUUGCAGCGUCUGUGUAGACGCAGCCGCGCGCCACUUUGGCGCGGGCCAUUUUUCCCGGUGUUUCAACGUAAGCGGGGCCUCUGGCUGUACUCCAUGGGGCUUCAGGAAUUGGGCAUCAAAGGCGCGUGCCCCGAGGAGCCUGCAGGUAUCUCGUUGCUGCCCUCGCUCUGAGUCGCAAGAGUAUUGGACGACCAUCCACAGGUGGGUGCUUCUGUGGCGUAGAACGGGUUGGGAAUGUUUUUUGUCAGGGAUGUGGUGUUGUGCAUCUCGGUCGUGUACACACUACGAACCCCUGACAUUUUGAAUUCGUUUUGAAUUUGUUUUGUAUUGAAAUUAGCGUUCGCAUACUUUGGAUUUAAUGCUCCUAUGCACGGUGUAGUUCCUCUUUCACGACAGAAAUUUCAUGGCGCGACGGGAGAUGAACAACAAGCCCCGGGGUCGGGCGACGUGCUACUCCUAGAUUCCUAGAAAGAAUAAAGCGGUAGUCCACCUUGAAUAAGUACAAAAAAGCGGUACUCAGUUCUGCAGUAUGCCAAAGUCGGGGGUGCAGCUUUUUUCCGGUGCCGACGCCAUCGACGAAUGGCACAUGCAGGAGCACGCCCAGGACCACGGCGACGCCAUCGUUGCCGUUUGGCGCGUGGGCCCGGACGCCAAGGACGCCGUCACAAAGAGCACGCAGUUCUGCCAGUUUUUCUGGGCCGCGUUCGUUGUUGUCAUCCACGGCGUCUUGUUAACCCUGUUUUGCGUGCUAGAGUACCCGCUACGGCCGGAUUACAGCGUGCUGUGCAAGGAGAAGUGGGAAAUGGAACCGCCGGAAGACUGUCCCACAACGGCGCAGAGAGAAGCAAACAACGACCCGAUUAUAACGGACGAAGACGUGGCAUUUUACAAGAUGGGCAACCUGGUCAUGAUGAUCAGCAUCAUCGUUUUUUUCGUCGCAAGUAUGGUUUCCGUGAUCUGGUGCAACUGCUACCGGAAAAGUGAGGAUUUGAAAAGGUGCAACCUAACCGCGUACGGCUUGGGGAUCGAAAAUUUCUACGUGACGGACAAUAAUUACACGGAUUGCACGGUGAUUUCUUUGAAGGACAUCCUCCACGUCGAGCCCGAAGUGCCGGUGAACGUAGGGUGCUGUUUCGGGGAAUCCAAAGCCGUGGCUUUACUCCUUCCCCAAGCCAAUCCCCUUCUACUGCUCAACCUGAUUGGCACCGACCACGGCAAGGACGGGGUGGGCGGGUUUUGCGCGAUCAUGUGCGAAAAGAGCUGUCAGAGGGUGUGCGCCGGGCUGAUUGAGGGGGCGCGGGAUGAGGGAGCGGAUUUUGACACGAGCAGAAUCCGCGUCACUUUGACAGACGGCGAAGCGCUAUUGUGAGGAAAAACGUCCCCAGCCCAGAGUUGUCAUGCAAAUGCGCAAUGACAGGAACACUUGUAAUGCGCAUCCCCAUGAGAGGCAUUCCCAAUCGUGUUGUUUUGGCAUUUGUCAUAAGUAAGUACUGUAAACAGCAUGUGGAUGAGAGAAUGGCUUUCUCAUGCAGCUUCCCUUGCUAACCACCACUACUCUGCAGAUGGAAACUUGUCAUGCACAACUCGCAAAGCCUGGAGAUUUGUGUUGCAGAUUUACCAACUUCCUUGACUACGGCGUGGGGACGUUUUUUCUUCUUGAUAAGCGCCGGUGCUGCGCCCCUCAGCACUCGGAUCCAGUAUCGAAGUGAAAAAGCCGGUUAUGUCGUUUAUCAAAUGUAAAAAUGUCUGGGUCUGGAAGAUUUCUAGAUUUGUCAUGCAUAUUUUCCAUGACCCAUGAUGUCUGUGAUGCAUGCCGUAGCAUCACAGAUUUUUAGAGCGCUUUGUGAUGCCUCUACAGCAUGAGAAAUGACUUUUCCGCGUAGCAAAAACUGGAGUCCUCUUGCUGGUCAUGCAAUACAAAUUUUUUCAGAAUCCAGAGACAGCAUCACAAGUUUAGAAUGUUCCAGACCCAGACAUUUUUACAUUUGAUAUCGUUCGGAAACAGACAUAAGGAGAAAAUGAUCUCGAACGAGAUGAAGAAUACCAAAGACAACCGGAGACAACUUGGUGCGGUGCAAAGUUUCGACAACCGGCCCUCGAUUGUCUCCCAGGGAGAAAAGAUACGGAUGACGGGAAGUAAGGAUAGUAAAAAAAAGAAGCGGAAACAGGAUAGCGGUCGCGAUAGAAAAACGUCCAGGGAGCGGAAUGUGCCGACGGUCCCCCCCAUGCCGCUAGAUCCCAUGAUGAUGGGAAUGAUGGGUGGGCGGCCGUCCGCGGCUAUGAUGAUACCGCCGCCCAUGGGCGGCCCUCCUAUGCGACCGUCCAUGGGGGGUCCCAUGAUGGGCCCGGGCCCUCCUAUGCGACCGUCUAUGGGGGGUCCCAUGAUGGGGAUGGAUCCGAAUCGACCCUCCUACAUGGGCGGAAUGAUGCCACCUGGCAUAUCCUGAGUAAAAACGUCCCCACACCAUAGUCAAGAUGGUGAUUUUGCUACACAAAUGAACAAGUUUUGGUUGUUUCGCAUGACAAGUUUAUACUCGUAGUGUAGUGCUCUUUGAGGUAGUGCAGCCGCAUGACAAAUCGACUACAUCAUCCUGAUUCCAGCAUCACAAACUCCCAGAUAGCAUGAGAAAAUGUCUCUCAUGGGGAUCCGCAUGAGAAACAUUUUGAGCAUGCAUUUUUGCAUGACAACUAUGGGGUUGUGGGCCUGGCUGUACAUCCCCGUUAUAGUGGUUUGCGAGUUGGAAGUUUGCGAGAAUCAGAGUAAGGAAUUGUUGGCAAAAAAAGCGAGGCGUUGUUCAGUUGGCAAGUUGGCACAGUAUGGCUGUUGGCGCAGUAUGGUUGGUUGGCGAGAUCAGAGUUGGGAUAUAGUGGCCGGGAGAUGAUGGUGAUGGCACUUCGGUGUCCGCCUGACCCACCCGCCCUGCGUGCCAAGCCAUCUGCGGCCAUGGUACAAUGGGGGGGCAAAGUGUGUCGCAUUUUGUUUAGCAUGACAACUAUGGGGUGGGGACGUUUUUACAUAGGAUAUGGCAUGAUGCCGGGAAAGGGGCCCGGUGGAAUGAUGAUGGCAGUUCCACCUCCGCCUCCGCAGCGGCCUUCGCAGGCCAUGUUUGGUAAGGACGUCAACAAGGUGCCGAAGGGCAUGAUGGCCAUGAUGAUCGACAAGGGGUAUCUGAUAUCAAAUGUAAAAGUGUCUGGGUCUGGAAGGUUGGAACUUGUGAUGCUAACUUUGGACUGUAAAAAAAUCUGUAUUGCAUGACCAGCAAGAGAGGUCUCGUUUCUGCUACGCGGGGAGGGCAUUUGUCAUGGGGAGUAGGCAUCAGGAAGCCCUCUAAAAAUCUGUGAUGCUAGGUCGUGCAUUACAGACAUCCUGGGUCAUGCAAAAUAUGCAUGACAAGUCUCAGAAUCUUCCAGACCCAAACAUUUUUGCAUUUGAUAGCUGAAAUUAGCCAGUCAGGACCCGCUCAUGCCCGGGGGCGUGAGUCGCAAGAAGAAAGGUCCCGUCUACCAGGAGCAUAUGAAUUGCAAAUAUGUCUGGGUCCUCUGGAAGGAUGCAAGGUUUGUCAUGCUUGUCUGGCAUGACUGAAAAGUUUGCGAUGCGUGUCCAAGAAGAAAUAACUCUUUUUUUUGUCAUGCAAGUACGCAGUUUGUCAUGCGGAAAGCGCAGCACUAAGCAGCGCAGAUAUCAAUAUUUCUGUUUCUCAUGUUUUGCUGUGCAUUACAGAGCAUUCGCUAUUCCCAACCCGGCAUAACAAGUUUCCAGUCCCAGAUGACAUAUUUGCAAUGCAUAGAGCACCCGGACUCCCUGAACAUGGCCGAUUUUCUCGCGAGUCAGAUGGGUAGUAGUACUAACACUGGUGCUCCUGCUGGCACUAGGUACACCGGAGCUGGUCCUGGGCCUCGUCUGAGCAGUCGGGAGCGGCGGCUGCAACGGACCAUUAGCACCGACGGGAAAGGGGGCCGGGUCAGCACGACCAUGAGCACAGGCAUCACCUCCGCCGGCUCGGAAGGUCCCAUGGUGGGGCCCAAGGGCGGCGAAGGAAAUACCUUCUUGUUCCGCGGGGGCAAGGUAUCGAAAUCGAAAAUCCCCCCUCCCCAUAUCAAAACGAAGUUUCUGAUGCUGGAUUUGCGUACACAAAUCAGAUUUGUGUUGCUGGAGAGGACUGCAGGCCCAUACUAAGCCUGAGUAGACAGGUUUUGGGUUUGGCCUAGACGCUUAGCAUGACAGACGUCAACGCUGUAGGUGCAACAGCAUGACAAACCGCCUGGAGAACGCGGCGGAGCCACCUGUGGAGUUGCCUUCAUGCAACACAGAGGCGAUUUGUGGUCACAAAUCAGCAACGCAAAUUAUUCGAAAAAAUGCCGUGUCAAUAUGGGGAGGGGGGAUUUUUCCUUUUGAUGAAAGGGAGGGUAUAACUACGGCGCGACGCAGUUGUCGGCCAGCGACGCGUAUCCUGUGCAAAAGCAUCGUACUCGUAUUGCAGUCAUGCAUUACAAAUCUUUUUCUGAAGGUAAAUCAGCAUUACAAAUUUUAUUUCUCAUGCUGAGGAAAAAUUUGUAAUGCAUUUAUACGAAUACGAUACUUUUGCACUGCAUAACGCGAGGUGCGGAGGUUCAGAAAUGUCGGAAGCGGAGCUAGAGCAAACGCAACAUAGUUCCGAUAUGCAUUACAAAUUCAUUGCUGAUAUCGAUCUGGGAGGUCUAGAAAUAGAACAAAUGGAAUCUUAAACCUGUGUUGAUACGGGUUGGGAGUAGUGUGUUGAUACCGUAUUAACGGGCUCAACAGCAAACUUCAUCCAACUCGUUCCUGAGCAAAGGGAAAUUUCGUGACGUAGCUUUUCAUUCACAGCGCUCUUUAAUUAUUCGUGUGUAGUGCGGAUUUUGCAUGACAGACAGACACGCUGCUGUUAGACGAGUGAUUAUUUUCACUUUAGCUUCAUUAGCGCGACUUCACUACUUCCAGACCCGGUAGCAUCGAUAAAUUUGCAAUGCAUAUCCGAAAGGUCCGCGCCUCGUGCAGAGAAGCAGCGGGGCCUCUUUUCGCUGUUUUUCUAGGCAACGACAUCAAUAAUUCUGGCGUCCUCGAGCACGUUAUCAACAUGUGAAGAAGAACUACCUCAGUUAGUAGCAAAACCCAGUUUCAAGAUCAAGCCCCGGAAACAGGUUUGACCGCACCACGUCGUGUGCUGGUGGAAGAGAGAAGAAGCACCAUGUAUAGAUUUUUGUUGAAUUUUUAUGCUCCUAACUAGAAGACUACAAUUUCAUCAUUUUAUACUUACACUUCAUAUGGCAUUUGUCUGUUGUUUUCUUUUACAUUUACCUAUAAAUAUUUUACAAACCACAAAGCACAUCGCCGCCCAGCGCGUGACAUCAAGAACGAGAUCGCUUUUCGAUUACAGAAUCACACGCAAAAACAGCAAGGAAGCUCUUUUCGCUUCAUUUAAGCAUCGAACAGCUUUUUCUUCUUAUUCGAUUUUACAAGUAACACAGAAAUUCACUUUCCAUUUUCACAAUUUUAGAAUUUCAUUACAGAAGCCAGGGAGAAAAAACAGAGGAAGACCUGCAUGUGAUCCGAUAUGCCUGGUCCUCCUGAGAAAAGACGUAGCAGAAAUCUUGUUUUAUCCUUUUGAAAUUCGAGUACAAAUUUUUUUUGCUUCCUUGUGUCUUGUUGGACAUGUGCCUGUUAUCGGAGGCACGCACCAAGUGCAGCAGAUGGUUGCUUCUGUUCAGCCACUUGCCGUAUGGCAUCGGUUUCAUUAUCAUUUUCUUCACAAUACGCUGCUGCAUUGCAUUACUCUGUGCAUCGGUCCACAGUCGUGGUCGUGUUUUUCGCUGUGCACAACGACCUCCAGGAAGGUGUGGUUGCCGCCUCGCAGGGUCCCGCGUCUGGCAAGCCUUCGCAGGUUCGUCC